CGACACCAGCAAAAAAAAAAGAAACUAUAUAUUAAAAAAAAAAACAUAACCCUAGAUUUGUUCCCAAACUCAAAAGGAAAAGGUGUCCUCCUCAUCCUCCUCGAAUUCGGAUGCUUCUCUAUUUCGAAGUUGCAGAUAAAAACCGAGGAGAGGGUUCCCCAAGUAAAUGCUCUUUCCGUCUCUCUCGUCUUUCCCUUUCAUGUCUUCUCCAGUCCCCGACUCUCCUCCAGGGUUGUUGGUCUCUGAAACCCUAGAUUUCAGUUCCCUUUUUGAAAUCUCUCCCUACCCUUUCGUUUCCUCUCCGAUUCAGAUUACUAGAUUUGGAUUCUUUUGGUGCUCCGGUCCUCUCCCGUUGCGAUAUAGCGCGAAUCAUGAGUGAAAAGAAGCUGUUUGUGUUUGGAUCCUUUACUGAAGAUGAAACCAGGUCGUUACUCGGGCAGAAACCCACCAAGGCUGCCCAAAAUUGUGGAAAGAAAGAUGUUAAGAGUAUACAAUUUGGGUCCUUGAAUCUUGACUCUGGGAAAUCUGUGACAAGUACUAAUGGUGAAUUGAAGAAGGACCUGGUUGAUGGCAUAAACGUAUCCCUCCUUUCCAGCUCUCAGAGGAAAGGUUAUACUUCUAGUCCUUCCACUUCUCAUAAGGACAAGGAUGGAAAAGUGUCUAAUGAUUACUCUGCGGGAGUACCAAAACAUGUGAAAGAAAAUGGAACUGUAAAAGUGUCGUCCCAGAGUAACGGUGUGGCACCGAAAACCGAUUCGGUUGAUUUGGAUGAGCUGUCUGUAUCAGACAGUGAAAGCGAUUCUUCGUAUAAAGCUUUGGGGGUGAAAUUCAGUGCUCUGGAUGGCGAAGUAUUGGCAGCGAGUGAUUCUUCAUCUGGUAACAUGGCAAGAAAGAAUAAUCUUAUGGGCCCUGCUGACUUUGUUGCAGCCGUUAAAGACUACAUUCCAAGAGGCUUAGUCAAUGCCGGAAAUUUGUGCUUCCUCAACGCCACUCUUCAGGCUCUGUUGUCAUGUUCUCCUUUUGUGCAGCUCCUACAGGAACUUAAAGUUCAACAUGUUCCCAAGGCUGAGUGUCCAACAUUAGCGGCAUUUUCCGAGUUCAUCGCUGAAUUAGAACCACCUAGUAGUUCAAGCUUAAGAAAUAAUGCUGCUGUGGUUGUGGCUGGUAGACCCUUUACACCUGCCAUGUUUGAGGAGGUCCUUAGAAAGUUUACGCCAGAUGUGCCCAACAACAUGUCUGGCAGGCCGAGGCAGGAAGAUGCUCAGGAGUUUUUGAGUUUUAUAAUGGACCAAUUGCACAAUGAUCUACUGAAGCUCAGGGGACAGUCCUCUAGCAGUACUGGUGCCAGGUCAUCAAUCGUUUCUUCUACCAACAACGAUGACCAUGAUGAAUGGGAAACAGUUGGACCCAAAAACAAAUCAGCCGUGACUAGAACUCAAAGCUUUGUGCCUUCUGAGCUCAGUGCCAUAUUCGGAGGGCAGCUAAGAAGUGUGGUCAAAGCAAAAGGAAACAAAGAUUCUGCUACUGUACAGCCAUAUCUCUUACUUCACCUUGAUAUACAUCCUGAAGCAGUGUGCACGAUAGAAGAUGCGUUGCAUUUGUUUUCUGCCCAAGAAGAUCUCGAGGGGUAUCGAGCCUCAGUAACUGGGAAGGCUGGUGUUGUGAGUGCUAGGAAAUCGACAAAGAUACUUGCGCUCUCAAAGAUAAUGAUAUUGCACCUAAUGCGGUUUAGCUACGGGAGCCAAGGGAGUACAAAGCUGCACAAGCCAGUUCACUUUCCGCUUGAACUCAACUUAGGUCGCCACCUGCUCGUUUCUCCAUCUAACAAGGGUUCAAGAUACGAACUUGUCGCCACUAUAACCCACCAUGGGAGGGAUCCCUCGAAAGGGCAUUACACCACGGAUGCCAGACGACAGAACGAACAAUGGCUAAGGUUUGACGAUGCUUCUGUCACCGCCAUAGGGACGAAACAAGUUUUGCACGACCAAGCAUACGUCCUCUUCUACAAGCAAGUGUAGAGAUUGAAAAUCGAUCUCGCUCUCCAUCUCGGGCAGAUGAUAAUGAUCGGAAACAUGCCCCCUUAUACAGAAAAGCUGCUUCUCUCCCAGAAUUCCGACGAUGUUUUGAUGAUCUUGUUCUUGGUGAGUUACUUGAAGGAGGGAGUGGGAAGCAUGCUGCAUAGUUUUUUAGAUUUUGAUUAUACUUUGGUCGCGGUGGGAAAGUUUUGUGUUUUAUUAUGUCUUAACGUGAUACUUCACGAGUUGGUUGUAAGAAUUUGGAAACUGAAUUUCUGUCGUUAUAUACUGAUUUGUCUUGGCACUGAA